CGGGAUGGCCUAUAAUAGCCUAUUAUUCACUUGUGUUGUCAGUACUUGCUUGAAGUUGCAGUAAGGGCGUGUAACUUUACGAAACGUGUCCAGCCGUAACUUGGUCGCGACAAAGUCUACCAUUAUCUGUUGUGCAGCAGACUUAAACACGAGCUCUUCCGAUUACUGUUGCACUUCACUGAAUUGCUCUCCCUUCAUUGCGCACUCGAGGUUGGCUACUACUGACGAUUGAUUCAGUCUCUCAUAAAUGUCUGAGGAUGAUGAUCGCGCCGCGAAGACCGCAAGGGCAAAGGCCUUGCUCAACAAGCAACGUCGGAAAAAGGUUGCUGGUAGCGGCGCGUUGGCAAGUCCACCACCGUCAAGGUCGUUUACUCCUACUCUCCAGGAGUCCGCACCAUCCACGGAGGACACCAAGAAUGAUGUUGCUGACCUAUUCACACCAGCAGAUUCAGACGCGAACUGGAUAGAAUCUCUGUCCAGAGCGAACGUGCCGCACUCGACAGUUUCCAAUGCUCUGUCAACAAAUACGCCUACUUCAUCAUUUCUUUCUGGGCAAGCUGAGUCGUUGCAGUCUCAGGUGACAUCCCUGCAAACAACAAUUGCUUCUGUUCAAAGUGAGAACAGUAGCUUGCGGAGUUCGCUAAGUCGCCUAGAAGCAUUCGAGGCAGGUAUGCACCAAAGCUCAGCUAAAGAAGCUCGAAGAAGAGAAGAGCAAACUUAAGCUUCAGCUUCAUCAGGAACAGCAGCGUGCUCAGGAUACGUCAAGAAGUGCAGAGGUGGUGGUCCAAGAGAAGCGGUCAUUGGAAGACAAGUACCACUCAAGUCAGGCAGAGAUUCAACGAUUGAAGUCCCAGGCUG